AUGUGCCUUAAAGCAAAAGAAAAGAUUAAAGUAGUAAGCUCUGCUUGUGAAGAUACCAUUCCUGGAGAUUAUGUAGACAAAAAUGACAUAUAUGAAAUGGAAGAUGACAUUCCAAAAAAACGUCUAUUCGUCCAUUUGAAAGUCCCAUUUAGGAAAGGUAAUCGAAUGCUAAAAUGUCAACUUGAUAGCGGGGCGACAUGCAAUGUAAUGAGUUACGAUAUUUUGAAGGAGCUGGUUGGAGUUGAUCGUCCAGUCCUCCAAAAAAGUAAUACAACGCUUACUUUCUAUGGUGGUGCUUCAAAGGCUUCUCUUGGGAAAAUAACAUUGCAUGUUAUAUGGAAGAAUAUUAAGCAAAGAAUGUCGUUUGAAGUUAUCAAUACGAAGCAUAUUCCAUUGAUUGGAGCUCAAGACUGUUUACGGUUAGGGCUUAUUGCAGUAGAUGAGGAUGUUUUUGAGUUAAAGAAUUCUCCAAAUCCAAGCUCCAUUCUAUCUUCUUUUCAAGACAUUGGUCAAGGUCUAGGAUGCUUUGAGGGUAAACAUAAAUUUAGACUUGACGAAUCUGUUGUUCCUGUAGUGGUUCCACCUCGAAGAUAUCCUCUGGUUUUACAAGAUGAGAUAAAAAGUGAAAUACAACGUCUUCAAGAAUUAGGUGUAAUACGUAAGGUAACGGAACCUUCCUCAUGGGUCAGUGCUAUGGUUGUCGUUAAGAAACCGAACAAGUUACGCAUUUGUAUUGACCCACAUCAACUAAACAAAGCUAUCCAGCGAUCACAUUAUCAGGUCCCCACUAUAGAAGAAGUUGCUCCAAAACUUAUAAAAGCCAGGAUAUUUAGUACUCUAGACCUAAAAGAUGGGUUCUGGCAUAUAAAGUUAACCGAAGAGGCAAGCAAAUUAACGACAUUUUGGACUCCAUUUGGGAGGUACCGCUGGCUAAGGAUGCCUUUCGGAGUAAAGUCAGCUCCAGAAGAAUUUCAACGGCGAGUACACGAAGAGCUGGAAGGACUAAAAGGAAUUUUUACGAUUGCAGAUGAUGUCGUAGUUUACGGCAGUGGAGACACAGAUGAACAAGCUUUAGAGGACCAUAACAAGAAUCUGCAUGCAUUGCUUGAGCGAGCUAGACAAAGAAAUAUAAAGUUCAACAUGAAUAAAUGUAAAAUCGGACUGAAGGAAGUUAAGUACAUGGGACAUGUUUUGAGCAGUGAUGGCUUGAAAGCAGAUCCUGACAAGAUAUCAGCAGUCUCAAAUAUGAAAGAGCCUCAGAACAAGGAGGAAGCUCAAAGGUUCUUGGGAUUUAUCAAUUAUUUAAGUAAAUUUCUGCCAGGACUGUCAGAAGUAGCAGUUCCAAUAAGAACUCUAAUUAAAGAAGAUGUUAAGUGGACGUGGCAGGAAUUACAUUCAUUGGCUUUCAAGAAAUUAGUUAACAUGGUGACCAACUCUCCAACCCUACAGUAUUACAAUAAGGACUCUCCUGUGACGUUGCAAUGUGAUGCAAGUCAGUUUGGUUUGGGUGCUUCGCUAUUGCAAAAUGGUAAGCCAGUUUCAUAUAUAUCAAGGACUUUAAAUCCAACAGAAUGCCACUAUGCUCAGAUCGAGAAAGAAUGCCUGGCAGUUCUAUUUGCCUUUGAAAGGUUUGAACAGUAUUUGUUCGGUAAGUGUGAUAUUACGGUAGAAACCGAUCACAAACCUCUUGAGACUAUUUUCAAAAAACCUUUGGUCAACGCACCUAAGCGGUUGCAAAGAAUGUUGCUGCGAUUGCAGAAGUUUACAUUUACUGUUGUUUAUCGACCAGGUAAAACAAUGCUUUUAGCAGAUUUUUUGUCACGCGCCCCAGAAACUAAGUAUGAAUGCAGUAUGCAGGACAAUUCAGUAAUGAUUUUUGAAACCUCAAUGAACAGCUCGACAAAGGAGUUUGAACAGUGUAAGUCCUUAGAGUACAUAAAUGUUACGGAUGAGCGUUUAAACCAACUGAAAGAACACACAUACAAAGACCCCGUGCUUCAGAAGCUUAUACCGGUGAUUAUAAAUGGUUGGCCUAAUAGAAAGACUCAAGUUCCCAAUGAGCUAUGGAAUUACUGGCCUUUUAAGGAAGAGCUUGGAGUUGAAGACGGACUUGUCCUCAAAGGAGAGCGGAUUGUUAUCCCAAGUAGCAUGACAAUUGAACUAGUCCAUAGAAUUCAUUUUUCACAUCAAGGGGUUGAAUCAUGUAUAAGGAGAGCAAAAGAUGUAUUUUUUUGGCCGGGAAUGGCAGGAGAUAUAAGAAAAGAAGUUGAAAAAUGUUUAGUAUGCAAGAAAUAUGCACCGACUCAACGGAAAGAACCCCUCUUACUUCAAGAAACACCAUCACGACCAUGGCAGCGAAUCGGGGUUGAUUUUGCUCAAGAAGGCUCAACUCACUUCAUUAUUGUGACUGAUUACUAUUCGUCAUUUUUUGAGAUUAGGAAAACACAAAAAUGUACCUCUGAAUCAUUGAUUGUUUUCUGUAAAGAGUUAUUUGCAAGAUACGGCAUUCCAGACAUUGUAGUUGGUGAUAGUGGCACCCCUAUAUUAAGUCAAGCAUUUAAAGAUUUUUCAGAAGAGUGGAAAUUUAAGAUAAUUACUUCCUCUCCAUAUCACCACCAGGCAAAUGGAAAAGUUGAAUCUGCUGUAAAGAUAUUUAAGAGUAUUUUAAAAAAAGUGAGAGAAGACAAAGGCGACUUUCAGCAGGCUCUUCUUGAGUUGAGAAAUACACCACUCAAAGAAAUUGGUAAGAGUCCAGCUCAGUUGUUAAUGUCUAGAAGAACUAAAAGCUUUGUACCCACUUGUGAAGAUCUGCUGCGUCCUAAUGUUCCUGUGAAAGUAAUUGAAAAGUGGGAUAAAAAGAAAGAUGCAUACAAAACAUAUUUUGACAAAGGAGCUAAAGACCUCGCCCCACUGAUACCAGGACAAGUUGUUUGGGUUCAAAGGAAACCUCAAGAGAGAAGGGAUCCCUGGGUAGAAGGUAAAGUUAUAAAAAAAGAAAGAGAUCGAAGAUAUGUGGUACAAGUUGGUGGAAACUUAUAUGUUCGCAACAGACGCUUUUUAAAGACAUAA